ACGAAGGCAGUGGUUUCGCGGCAGCUCUUCCACCCACAAGCAGUCAUGCACAGCCCAAGGCAAGACCGCGGCAGCCCUGAGACCCAACUUCUCCUGCUCACUGGCUGCGGCACCACGCAGACUCGAGGAGAACUCUAUAUCAUGGACAACCAAAAACCUCAAGGAUAUAGGGUCCAUCCUGGCCCCCAGGAUGCCUAUUCUGGCCCCCAAGUUAACAAUUCAGUCACAACACCUGGCUGUUCAAGUGCUACUCUAGUGGACUUUCCUAUCCAACACCAGCCAGAGUAUAAUGAGGCAGGUGAACCUGCAGGGCCACUGUGGAUGCCAGCAGCAACACCUUUAUUGGACUGUCCACCAGGGUUGGAAUGUUUAACUGAGAUAGAUAAAAUACAGAUUCAUCAGCAAAUUGAUCUUCUGGAAGUCAUAAUAAAUAUUGAAACAAAUAAUAAAUAUGAAAUUAAGAACAGCCUUGGACAGAGGAUUUACUUUGCUGUGGAAGAUACUGAUUGCUGUACUCGAAAUUGCUGUGCAUGUUUUAGGCCUUCUACCAUGAGAAUUUUUGAUCUUAUGAGCCGAGAGGUCAUAACUCUGGAGACACCACAAAGAUGUACCAGCUGUUGUUGCCCAUGCUGCCUUCAGGAGAUAAAAAUCUACUCUCCUCCUGGUACACUAAUAGGUUAUGUUAUUCGGGCUAGGCACCCAUAUCUGCGUAAAGUUACAAUUCAAGAUGAAGAUAAAAAGGAUAUGCUCAGAAUUAUUGGCCCAUUUUGUGCAUGCAGAUAUUUUAAAGAGGUUGUUUUUGAGAUUAAAUCUAUUGAUGAAGAAAAUGUGAUUGGCAAGAUUUCCAAGCAGUGGACUGGUUUUGUGAGAGAGGCAUUUACAGAUUACAGUAAUUAUGAUAUUCAUUUCCCCUUAGACCUUGACGUGAAAAUGAAAGCUGUCAUGAUUGGGGCGUGUCUCUUCAUUGAUUUCCUGUUUUUUGAAAAUAAUUGUUGUCCUAAAAUAUUGCAUACAUUCCUGAGAGCAAUGAUGUGUUAGUAUAUUAAUGAAUGUCGCAGGAUUUGAAGUGUCUGUGCUUGGGACAGUGAAGUGAUUGGGAC